AUGGCCCUGCAGGUCGACUUCUCCACGGCGGGAGCAGAGUCGGACACUCACCUCCAUCUCGCGCCGCACGCCCACUACAACCACCAGGCAAGCAACGGCAGUCCGGCUUUUGCCCCGUUUCGACAUCCCGUCCCGCCGUCAAUCGACCCCGGCCUCGAGCAGAGCCAGAGCAGCGGCCGCAAUGGCCAUGCGCAGCUCGCUGCCCAUCCCUCCGCGUCACCACAUCUCCUUCAAGCAGACCAUGCCUCCAUCAACUCCUCACACAUGGCGCACCAGUACUAUGGAGACCUUGCGCAACGCUCCCAGACCCCCUCGACUCCCUCCAAUGCCUCGCCGCGCUUCUCUGCUCUCUCGCCCGGCCAGCAAAAGCAGAUAGUCCCUGGCUUUGUGCCCGACGACCGCAGCGCCCCGUCGCGGGACGUGACCGACGAAACGAUUGACGAUGCCUACGCCGCCUUCAUCCUGUACUGUAAUCCUAGUUUCCCUGCUUCGACGAAUACAUCGGAGCUCACAAAAGCGUUUCGAAUACCACCCAAGAGCGAUGGCAAGAGUUUCAGCACCUGGUCGCUGUUUGAGCUGAUACGGAAGCUGGACUUGAAGGAGAUCAAGACAUGGACCCAGCUGGCCCUGGAUCUAGGUGUCGAACCCCCCGAUAUGGACAAGGGACAAAGCACGCAAAAAGUACAGCAGUAUUCUGUCCGGUUAAAGCGAUGGAUGCGUGCUAUGCACAUAGACGCGUUCUUUGAAUUCCUCCUCGGCAAGCAACAUGUUUACUAUUUGCAAAUACCCCCACCACAUAAUCCAUUUCCGCCAGACGGCCGUGAUGCUGUCCCAUUGGAAGAAGACUUAGCUAUCCGUGCCCUGGACCCCAAGUUCCGACCCAAGCGCGGACGCCGGAAGACUGAGGACCCUGACGAAGACGUGGAAACUCCCGACCAUGCCACACCACCUCGAAAAAGGCCUCAACUAGACACGUCUAUCCCCUUUGGAAACCUCAUUAGCCAACCACAGUCAGCGUAUCCCGACAGCGCUCACCCUAAUGAUGACAUGGAUAGGUUUCUGAGCGCGCAUGAUCCUUGGACUGCAGCUUCAGCAAUCACACCUGCCUCGGCCAUGACUACUGCUUCUGCUCCAAGUAGACUCAACCCCCAUUCAAGGGGGUUGACACCUUACACGGCUACGCCUAUGUCGGCAGGUCAGCAAAUUCGGUGGCGACUGAACACUCAAGAUAACCCCUCGACUCCCCAUCCUAUGUCUGCCACAACACCGCAGGCAGCUCAUCCUCCAGAUUUCCCCUUUAACGAGCCUCAGUCGGCCACCACUCCAUCAAGCGCAAAAUCUAGGUCGCGGAGGAGACACGGCCCUGCUGUGUCUUCGGCGUGGCCAAGUAAUAGUACUUCGGCAAGUGGAAAGCUUCGUGGACGUCCUCCAAGCAAUCGUUCUGUGCGCGACGGGCCGUUUGUUACAUUUCCUGCCAAUCCCAACACAAAGGAAGCGCCGACCAUCGACAUGAAUAGAAAUACCAGCGGCUUGACACCAAUCGUUGAGCGUGCUCACUCCGAUCCACCUGAGCAUCACUUCCGCUUUCCACCUGCUACCCCAGCUUCCGCAGUCUCCACACAGAGCAUGCAGGAACAGUCAACCAAUCCCCAGGGCCGGCCAUCCCGACUCCAAGUCCAAGUUCCUCCACAUAUAGGCGGACCAGUGCGACUAGUGACUCCAACCUUGCUAGUCAAUGGAGAACAAGACCCAACGCCCUCCACAGGCCUACCUCCAUCCGCCUUGAGCACCACCUCGCGUCGCGGCUCCGACAACUUCUUCGACGACGACAACGAAGACGACAUAGAUCGGUCCAUGUUCCCGCCCUCCAGCACCCAAGCGUCUCGCACAUCCCAGGACAUCCACCGCCAAGCGCAGCAACAACACGCAUCGGCAGCUCAACCCACCCAAACCCACUCCGACUCCCCAAUCGCCAACCUCACCCAUGAAACCCUCAACCGCGCCCUCGCCGCCGACCUCCUCCGCGCCCCACUCACAGGCCGCCGCAAACGCCUCCGCGGCACAGAGGCCAGGCACCUCGCCAACGCCAUCCUGCAGAACCUCUACGCCUCCCACACGCCGGCCUCCACGGCCCACUCCUCGAGACCCAUGUCCGACAAUGCGAUCCGCUUCUCCAUCGCCAGCAGCCUCGGGCUAUGCGCGCAAGCCGGCCUCGGCGCCGGCGGCCCGCAAGGCGGCGUCAAAAACGUCGUCGUGCAGCGCUUCCGCGUCGGCGGCGACGGGUACGACUCGCCCGUCGACGAGGAAGACGAGGAGGAGAGCCCGAGCGGGGGCCGGAUCAGGGAGACGUGGGACGUGUUCUUCCAGGUCAGUAUCGGGGCGAUGAGCGGCGAGUUCAGCAUUAAGAGUCUCGAGAUCGAGAUUGCGGAGACGGGGGGAGAAGGGGGGCAGGCGAGUGGCGGGGCGGAGCCGAUGGAUAUCGAGGGGCGGGAGGAUUGGAAGACGAGGUUUGAGGAGGCGCAGAGGAGACUGGGCGAGGCGAGGGAGGAGGUGGGGCGGUUGCGGGAUAAAGUGCUGGAUGCGGUGUUGUGAAUUUCAUCAUAAGUUUAUUAUUUCAGUUCAUUUAUAUCUGUUGCUCGAUUGGUGGGUAGGAUGGGAGCAAGCAAUUAAUUUUGCAUAUUUCAUCGCCAUAGGCCACGGCAAGGCGUGUUUUUUUUUUUGGAUUGGUAUCUUUCUCUACAGCAAAUACCUACGUGUUUUUAUUUCUUGUACAAGCAUUUGCGAGCGGGCGGGCAGGCAAAGGAUGGGAUUGGGCGAGUUUUCUUGAAUUAUACCCCCCGCUGAAACGGCCGGGCUUUGGGCCGAUGGGUUUGAUUGGGUUUUUUUUGUGUAUAUUCUGUAACUAGAUAUGAUGGGCAUGGGAUAAUGGGAUAUAUAAAAGGGGGUUCACGGGAUAAAGCAUUCUCGGGAAUCAAAAACGCUGCGCUGUAUGGCGGCUGAGUUCUACACACAUCCAAUCCUCUCUCCCCGCCCCCCGGGGACGCGAAUAUAAUCAAUUGGGUGCGGUCA